UUUUUUUUUUGUUUGUUUUUGACUGCAGAUGGCGGACGCGCAGCCACCGGCAUCAAGCACCACUUCCAGCGCGGCAUUAGCAUCAGCACCGUCACAGAUGUCCCACCAGCCACUCGAUGCGUCGUCGUUGUCGUCGUCGCUGGCUGGGCGAUCGUCGACGUCGUCACACUCCAGCAGCUCAGCACGCAAGCGGCUGCCGUCCAUCUCGGCGGCCGACCACGCGAUUCUGCAGCAGCAGCAAGAGUUGUCUGCGUCUGGCACUCCGCUCGGCUCGCGAUCGACGCCAACAUCCGCGCGUGCGUCGAGCCGGUCGAUCAAGCGGCCAAAGUUUGACGACGAGGUGGUCGACACGGCCGUCCUGCCCAAGUCCCGGCCGUUCUCCAGCAGCGACAUGAGCGCAGUGGCUGCUGCUGGUGGUGGUGGGUUGGUAGCAGCACCAGCAGCAGCAGCAGCAGCAGCGGUUGCUGGCACGCUGGCCGGCGGCUUGGCUCGUCCUCUGCCUUCUGCUACUGCUGCUGCUCUGUCGUCCUUGUACUCGUCCAGCGUCAGUGCACCCUCCGCCACGUCGGCAGCCGCACCAUCAUCAUCGUCAUCCUCCUCCUCCUCGUCGUCAUUGACGGCAUCGCUGGCGUCGUCGUUGGCCGCGUCGUAUGCGCACAUGCACCACUCUGCACCAGCAGCCAGACCCGCGCCAAAGAAGGCCCCCGCUAGCAUCCCGCGCAGGCCCACUGUCGCGACUGGCGCGUCGUCGUCGUCUGCGGGUGCAGGUAGCGCAGAUCCGUUCCUGUCGAACGGUAAUACGAUGGCUGCAACGAGCUUGCAGGCCAGGCUCAAACCUCAGGCCAUCACCGCGCUGCUCGGCGCCAAGCCGUCGCUGUACGGGGCGCGCUGGACGCCCUUGGACGAUGCUCUGCUCGUGGCUGGCGUGCAGCACACUGCAAGCUUGGAGCGCGUCUUCCUUGCCGCUCCGUUUUCGCACCACCACACAUUGGCCGAGGUCACCCAGCGGUGGCAGGCGCUGCUGUACGAUCGCGAAGUGUCGGCCGAAUUGGUGGCAGGCAUCGCGACUGUCGUUCCAACGCUGGCCACUGACCUGGUGCUGCAAAAAGUUCCAUGGUCCGCUGCUGAAGAGCUGGUGUUGUUACAGGCGGUCGCGGAUUGGCGAGUCCAGCGCGCUGCUUCCUCUGCGCUGCCCUCUGCAAGUGCAUCUCCACCACCAACGGCGCCAUUGAGCGUGCAACAACAGCCGCUCACAUCAUCUGCCACACCGCUAUCGUCAUCCAGUGCUGCGGCCAGUCCCGCCACCGCUUUUUCGCCCGCUCCCUUCGCGGCCGAAAGCGCAGCAACGCCCUCUGCAGAUCCGUCCGAUUCGACCUUCAUGUCAACUGCCGCCUUGUCGCCAGCAGUUGGACCGAGCUCUUUGACGCUUGGUACAGACGCGAAUGCGAGUGCCACCGCUACCGAUGCCACCGUCACCCCCACACAGAAUUCCGGGCAGCUCGACCCACUGCUCUCUGCAUGCGCGCCACAACAUUUCGCCGACAUUCUGGAGCAAAAUCGAGCAAAGUUCCAUUUGUGUCGCACUGCAAAGUCUCUGUUUCAACACUAUCAAACGCUCGUGCGGUUUGGGGCGUCCGCCUUGUUUGACGCCUACAUUUCCGGGCAGGAUGUUGCUUCUGCCGCUGUCAAUCCCGAAUCAUCCGUGACCAUCGAGCAAACUGUCAAGGAGCGCAUUGAACAAGUAGAUCAGGUCAACGAGUUGCUUCAGAAAGAGCUCGACAUGUUCGAUCACACACAGAAACGCCAGUUACGUCGACUGGAGCUCGAGCUUUCGGCUGGGCUGGGAUUCACAAUGUUUGCACGAUCGCAGUCUACGGCGCUAGCUGCGGCAGUAAAUGGGAGUGGCGACGAUCAAGCUGCUGCACUCAAUGCGCUGCAACGUGAGCGCGAUGCUCACGUUCGCUCGCUGCCCGAUGCGCUGUUUGAUGGAAAGACGCUGGCAAUGCUUGUGGGAGGCCAACACCGGCAUCCCAUGACAUCGCGGCAGAUUGUUAUUGGUCGAGACACGCCACUCAGCCCUGUCGAUGUUGACUUGAUGCGUGAAGGAGCGAGCUCCAAAGUUUCGCGCCGCCAGGCCAUCAUCAAGCUCAAACCGACUGGCAACUUUAGGCUGUUUAAUGUUGGCCGCCGCUCCAUAUUUAUCAACGGCACCGCUGUUCCCCCGAAUUCCAAGCGGCAUCUUCCGCACAACGCACUGAUUGAGUUUGGUGAUUUAGCCAUGCUGUUUGUCGUGAACAUGCCUUUGAUCAACAUGUUGCGUGGCGGAUGAUGAUGCUUCUGCAGCCAACCCAACCAAUGUCCGAUUACAGCUUUUCGUUCCCA